AUGUUCGCUUGUGACUGCUGGACGCGUGCGAAGCCACUGGAUGGUUCCGGCUACACCUGUACCGACCGCAUAUUGGAUCUCGCAACGCAAGCGGAGGCCAAAGUUUUCUUGACAGAUCAUGCAAUAGCAAGCUUACGAGUCUGUGCGCACAGUGCUCCUGACAUUCAGCUAUCGCAGCUCGUGGGCCAUCAUCGAGCAGCGUUCAUCUCAAUCCAGGAGUCUCGCAGCGAUAUUGCCUUCAUAAACACCAUGGGUGAACUGGUUUGCGAGCUUGCUUCCAAAUCCUGCCCGGAGCUGGAGCGUGUCCUGGGCUUGUUAUGGUAUGGCAAUGUCAAGGCGCAUCACGGUGAAUACCAAUUUGCAGCUGACUUCUUCAAAGAGGCGGCGGAUGCCAUCCAGAGUCCGACAGAAGGGUGUGGCAAGAUUGCCAAGGUUCUCCUCACAGAGGCCUUCGGGAAUGCAGGCUACGCAGUGCAACUGCUGGGCGACUUCAGCCAGGCCGUCGAUUUUCACCAGCGUGCAUUGUUAGAAGCGGGGGAGCAUGAAGAUGCAGCUGUCAUCGAGUAUUCCAACUUGGGGCGAGUUUGGAUGAUGAAGUCAUUCCAGGAAGCCAACACUACAUUCAGGGCAACUGCUAGAGACUUUUACCGGAAAGCGCAAGUCAUCAACAGGAAGCUCGGCUUAGGGCAACGUGUUGCUUCGAAUUUGAACAACAUUGGAAUUCUGUCUGAGGGAGAAGAAGCACUCGAUGCUUUUCACGAGGCCUUGCAGAUGGCGAAACUGCAUGACAACAAGGCCCUGCAGGCAAAUAUUCACGGGAACUUGACAAUGCGCUAUCUGGUGAUGAAGGAUCCAGAAGCGGCUUUGGCAGCAAACCGUGAGACCCUGAAGCUGUUUUGCGAGAUUGUCACAGCUGAACGUCCUUUCGACAUUGAGAUUUGCACAACAUGGACGUACGAAGCCGAAAUACUCUGCGAUCUGCACCGCUUCGAUGAGGCGAAGGUUGCAAUUGACAAGGCAUACCAGAAGCUGGAAGCCAUGUGGACAUCGUGGGUGCAAACUCUUUCAGGGGAUCGGGCGCGACGAUCCAUUUGGGACCUUGGCCUGUCGAAGUCCAUCUCUGACAUUGCCGAGAAGGUGUACUUGUCAUUGAACUUGCCGCAGACGGCUCUAGUCCUAUCUGAUCACUUCAAAGCAAGGGCGCUGAUUGCUUCACUGAGGGCAGAUCUUGGUGCGAGUGACUGCAUUGAUUGUGGCUUUGAGGAUAUCAGCGCAAUGGCGAGGUCUUUGCGACGAGCAUUUGUUUGCUACACGCUGGACCCGAGCGAAGCCUAUCACGGCACAUCCCGAAACAUCAGUAUCAAUAUUUACGUCGUCGGAAGCUCGGGGAAGUUUCAGGGGCACUGGCGAGUCGACAUGCAUGGCGAUGUUGCCGUGUGGUUGCAGCAGCUGAGCAAAUCUUUUGGAGAUGGACGUGGCAAUCAGGAUGUUGGCAACGAGUCGUUGUCAGAAGGAGAGUCCAGAGCUUGUCGUGGGUCGGUGGUACAUCCCAGCUUACGACUUGGGCGGAAGAGGCACGAAGAGUCGUUGGCUAAAGCAAACAGGCUGUUGGAGCAGUUGCACGAUGUCUUAAUCCGACCGAUUGCCGGCUACAUUUCUUGUGAAGCAGGCUUAGUGAUUGCUCCUGUUAGUUUUUUGUCGGCUGUUUGCUGGCCAGCAUUGAAGGAUUCAGCAGGAAGGCAUUUGAUUGAAAGUCAUCGGCUGUCCGUGGUGUCAUCAUUGUCGGUGUUGAAGGCCCUUCUCACAGCAGGCGCUAGGCGACCUGCUGCGAUCUGCCCCAAAACCUGUCUAGUUGUCGGAAACCCUGCACCGUUGCCGGAGUCUUCCAAUUUGGAGACGCUUGAUGCAGCGGAGAAAGAGGCAUCUAUGGUUGCUGAGAAGUGUGGUGGAGCCGGUAUUGAUGUUAUUGCUGGAGGGCCCAUCUGCGGCUUUGCAGCAAUGAAGGAAAGUAUCCUUCCGCUUCUGAACGCAGCGACGGACCUAGUCCAUUUUGCUUGCCAUAGUGUCUUACAUGAAGAUAGUGACUUGAUCGCUCUGGUCUUGGGUGGGCAAGAUGCUGCAGCGAGUAUGCUUUAUGCUUCCGAGAUCGUGAACUUGAGGCUUUCUUCGCGUGUCGUUGUCCUAAGCGCCUGUGAAUCCGCAAAUGGGCAGAUCAGCACGGAUGGUCUGUUAAGUCUGGCACGAUGCUUCGUUGCUGCCGGAUGUCAGAGUGUCCUGGCAUCUCUGUGGAAAGUCGACGACUCUGCCACCCAUCACUUCAUGGAGUUGCUCUACGAACACUGGGCUGUGGGUAUGGAGCUUGAUUGUGCAGUGCAAGCCGCAAUGUGCUCCAUGUUGAAUGAGAAGCUUCCGGCCAACAGCAGGUAUGGAGAGUGUGCAGCUUGGCGACCAGAGCAUUGGAGUGCUUUCGUCCUGUAUGGGCUGCAUGGGUCGCGGCUUUGUUCCACGUGA